AUGGCACAGGAUCCUGAAAACUACGACCCAGUCGGAUCCCUCUUAAUCCAGGUUCAUGAAGACCUUUAUCAAUUAAAGGAGAAAUUAACAAAAUUCCAACAUGAAGAAAAAGGAGAGACUCUAGACAUUCAGAAUCUUGAAACAGCAAUCCAAAGGACUGAAAUAGGGUUGAGAAUUCACAUUGAGAAGUAUUUAAAUGUUGUAAACCAUCAUGUGUUAACGACUCCUGUUAAUGAUGAGAGCUUGUAUUCUUCUCAGGCUUCCAAAUGGUUGCUUCCAACUGUAAUUGAUCAGAAAUCAUUUAUUUUUCCUCUGGAAUCUAAGGAUAAACUUUGGCAGCCCCCCAAACAGCACGGUUCAUUUCCACAUGUCUUUCCAAGAGCCAAGAGAGAAGUCAAGGACAAUGUGAAGAUUUUGGCUGAAGCAACUGGA